AUGAGACGCAUCUUUCGGGUCCUCCUCAACUGGAUCCUCCCGUUUUUUCUGUUUCAUCUCACCCAAGUUGAAGGCAAUGGUUUGAUUGAGAAGGUAACCUCUAAGGGGGACCUGGAUUUAGUCAUACUAUUCGAUGCGGGCUUUAAGGAGAACAAAGAGAAGAAUCGCUCCAAGGCUUUGGAGAAUAUAGCGGAGCUGGCAAGGAACCUGCUGGUGGAAGGGGGACGCAAGGUGAACCUAACAUAUGUGACGUAUGACAGUGUGAGUGUGCAGACAGUGGCACGCGCAGAUAAUAAAAGUGCGAAGGGUAACGCAUCAACAACGGGCCGUACAAGUGGUUCGCUGGACAGGUUCAGCAAAGCGGUAAUGCAAACCCAAUCUCAACAAUCGCAACAGAGCUCCAACCAUCUGAAGGCCCUGAGCUACGUAGGGAUGAAACACUUCUACGACGCUGAAGACACCUCCACAAAAAUGAUCAUCAUGUUUAUUAAUACGGAAGGAAUUCCAGCAAGAGACGACACAGAACUAAACUUAGUGCACUACCUAUUGGAUAGAAAAAAUAUUACCCUAAACGUCAUAACGAAGGUGAAUCUAAAGUCGUAUUGUCACUACUUGCAUAAGGUUGGACCUAACACAAACGAGUUGUUAAGGUGUGUUCUAAAAAAUUCAUUUUACCAUAAACUGAUUCUGACUUAUACAUUGGAAAAAUUCUACGAUGAUAUUGCGACGAAUGCAAAGUGCAGUGAUUGGUCUGAGUGGUCUGAAUGCUCCGUGACGUGCAACAUGGGUUACCACUACAGUAAGAGGAAUACCCUCGAAAAUGUAGAAAAUACUUUAGGUGGAAAAUAUAAAAGGACAGGAAAGAAUUGCACAGAUCAGAGGAGUCUCAUCAUCCAAGAAUGUUUCGACACAAGCUGUGAUCACUCUCUGGACGUUUGCGAUAUAGAGGUCGACCUGUCUCUUCUAAUAGAUGACUCCUCUAACAUGUCCCAAGACUUUUGGCUCAAGUAUAUUUUGAAGCCAGUCAGGAAUCUCAUUAGUCAUUUGAAUUUAAGUUCAAAGCUGGUAAACAUAUCUAUUACUACUUUCUCUAAGGAGACGUACAACUGGGUUAGCUUCUCUUCCAACUUAGCUCGAAACAGAGACGAACUUCUCCUCUUCCUAGAAUAUUGGAGGUUCAAUUUUGGUGGCCCAUCCAGUAAUUUAACUAGCGCGUUAAAUUACAUGCACGAUCAUGUGCUCAAUAGCAAUGAGGCAAGACCUAAUGCACACAAGAUUCUCGUCAUUUUUAACACGGGUGAUGUGAGCAACAAGACCGCCAGGGGGGCAGAGAAAAUCGUCCAAAAUAUUAAGAUGAACUAUGAGGCUGACGUGUAUUCCAUUUGUUUGAAGAACACCAGGGAGGGCAACUGCGAAGCGAUCAGUGGGGCGAACCCGAUCCCGGAAGAAGUGGACAGUCCAGCAGAUGUAACCAAUCAGGAUGAAAUCACUAACUCCUCCAUUGUGGACGCCCCCUUCUUCUACUCCUACAGCAACGUGUCCGAAUUUAGAGAGCAGCUCACCGACAUACAGAAGAACAUCUGCAAAAAUGCUCACCAGGCUAUCGUUGCAAGGAGGCGCCGAAGGAGAAAGAACCUAAGGCGGGGGGACGAUACCGGGGAGGCCAGCACAUCGCACGGGCGUAGGGGAGCCUCGAAGGCAGAAGGGCAGGACGACGAAAGUGACGAUGACGUGGACGAGUUGGAUGAAGAAGAGGCAGCAAAGAAGGCUGGGAAGAAGGUAGAAAAAGGGACAACCGAUGAGGAAGCGGAAGUGCACCCCCGGGCAGACGCAGAUGCAGAUGGAGGAGCAGAGUUGGAAACAGAAUCGGCAGUAGAGGCAGAUGCAGACGCGACGUCCGAAAGCGGGCAGGAAGCAGACCUGCGAGUUGUGCCCGACGUAGUAGUAGAGUCAGUACCCCCAGAAGGACUCCAUACAGUGCCAGGCGAACCCACGAACGAGACCGAAAAAAUGGCGCAGAAUCUGCACGUACCUAAGCCGAUCAACAUAGUAUCCCCCUACUAUCCCACUAACGGAGGGAAUCUAAAACAUUUGAACAAAAACAGAGUCAUUCUAAAAUCAUUUACCAACUUGGAUCGAAUAGAUGAUGUAGAAGAGGAGGAGGUAGAUGUAGAACCCGCUCAUAACUCAUUAAAGAAAUACUCCUCACAGUACAACAUAGAUGUACUCCCAUCAUACAAAAGUAGAGGAACAAAAAAGUUAAUCUGUCGACUGUUGAAAUUUUUAUUUAGAAAAAAAAAACAAUACAGAUUAAAAAAAAUUGAUCCAAAGGAUAAGGAAAAGAUAAAACAGUUCAUAGAAGAUGUAAAAGGCUUGAACGAAUCGGAAGGAACAUACCACCAAAGGGAGAAAGAGAUAGAGGAGGAUUUUAACGUCCUGCUAGAAAACAUAUUUAAAAAUAUUGGCACUUCACCUUUCAGUGACUUGGACUUUGAUUCUGUGAGUGUGUCUAGCUACGGCUCAUAUUUGGAGGACGUAGAUGAGCUGGGGGUGGAGAAUACGCUGCCCUGCAGUUGGUUCUACAUAGAUGCAGCACAGAUGAACGUGGACAACGUCGCGAAGGGGGCAAAUGGUACCGACGUGGAUGAUCCGGUCGAUGCGGAUACCGCCGCUGGGUCCAGCGUUGACAUGGACAACAAUUCAGAUGGGGGGGACACCACUACCCAAACGGGAGAGAACAUUCUAGAUGACGUCUCCAUAGCUGACAUACUGGUGAAGGAAGGAGGCUUUCCUACCAGUGAAAAGAGAAAGUUGAAUAGGAGGAAGAGGUCCCUCGAUCAGGCACAGGGACAAACAACGCCAGAUGAAGAAAAUCACGGUGCGAAAGAUAACGGUCCAGGUGGAAGCGCAGAGAACAGGGGGGGAGAAGAACCCCUACUUGCCAAUCCUGAUGAGGAGAAAAAGGGUCAAUAUGAUAAGACGGGAGAAGGUCACGAUGGAAGGGUAGUAUCUUCACCUGCCCCGCCAGACGGAAGCAAACCACCCACCCAGAGAAAAUUCAAAUCCAAGUUCGACAUCAUUCAGCGCUUCAAAAAAACGGCAGCCGUGGUGGACGACAAGACAGGAGUUAGCUUCGAUGCUCAGAAGUAUCCACCCGUAGUAAGUAACGAAGGGAAAAGUACAAUUACCCCUCUGGAAGAACAUACAGAAGAGAAGAAGGAUAACCACUCAUCUGAACCUAUCCCCAACAGUCCUAAACGAACGAAGCGUUCUGAAGAGUCUAAUAAGCUAUCCGAUCAAAGCGGAGUAGUCCCUCCACCCUCCAACAUGAAUUAUAAAAAAACAAAACAAAGCGAAGCAACCAUUGUGGGAAGAAGCAAACCAAAUGGAGGAGACGUCAAAGUGGAUAACAACCCUGGCAUAAUAAAAGAGAAAAAUGACAAAACAUCAAGUGGUGCAAAAAACGAAACACAUGCACAUGACCCGAAUGAGCAAGUGCAGUAUGACCUCCUUCAACAAAAGGAUUCGAGCAAUGAGUGGGGAACAGGACACUACGAUGUCAUUCAGGAGGAAGAGGAACAUGCGGAUUCUAGUAUAUACAAAUAUUCAGCUUCCUUUGCUCUAAUCGGCGUCGUCCUUCUAGGUGCCGCUUUUCUGUAUAUACGAAGUCAGAAGAAUCUUAUGGAUCCUGGCCCUGAGACCUUUAACGACUUUGUAACCCACAAUAAGGGGAAGAAGGCGGAGUGUAGGGAGCAACAUGUUGUAGUAAAGCCAGAUGAGACGUCUUGGCAGUAG